AUGGACAAAACAAGAGAUGUGCAAGAGGAAGUCACGUGGAACAACAAGAUUGAAUACAUGCUGACCUCCAUCGGUUUUGCAGUUGGGAUCGGCAACGUUUGGCGCUUCCCCUACCUUUGCCAAAUUUAUGGAGGAGGAGCGUUCCUCAUCCCUUACCUGAUAGCGUUGGUGUUUGAGGGCCUGCCGCUGCUCUACUUGGAAAUGGCGAUUGGACAGAGGCUCCGCAAGGGAAGCAUCGGAGUGUGGAGGAACAUCUCGCCCUUUCUCGGCGGAGUUGGCAUCGGCUCGAUGGUUGUAUCGUUCCUGGUGUGCAAUUUCUACAAUACCAUCCUGGCCUGGGUCUUUUGGUACUUUUUCAACUCCUUCCAGAACCCUUUGCCGUGGAGCCAGUGUCCGCUCAACAUCAAUCGCACAGGCUUGAAUGAGGAGUGUGUGAAGAGCACCCCAGUCAAUUUCUUCUGGUACCGUCAGACCCUGAACAUCACCACUGACAUCGAGACCAGCGGUUCUCUGCAGUGGUGGUUGGUGGUCUGCCUGGCCUGCGCCUGGCUGACGAUGUACAUCUGUAUCAUCAAAGGCAUCCAAUCCAUGGGAAAGGCAGUGUACGUGACGACCACUUUGCCAUACGUGGUACUCACCAUUUUUCUGGUCCGCGCCCUCACCCUGCCCGGAGCGACAGACGGACUGGUGUACCUCUUCACCCCUGAUUGGGAGAUACUGAAGAACCCCCAGGUGUGGUUGGAUGCCUCGACUCAGAUCUUCUUCUCUCUUUCGGUGGCCUUUGGAGGUCUGAUAGCGAUCUCCAGCUAUGCUGAUGAGAAGAACAACUGUGAGAAGGACGCCGUCAUCGUGGGACUGAUAAACAGUGGCACAUCCCUUUACGCUGCCAUAUCCAUCUUUGCUAUCCUGGGCUUUAAAGCCAAUGCCGGUUUCAACUCCUGUCUGAAAGAAAACAUCUUGGUUUUGACCAACCACUUUGAGUUUUCUGACCAGAAUAUAACAGCAGACAACUAUGACCACUGGGUUGAGUAUCUGAAUCAGACCAACGUAGACGAGCUCGCCAGCCUGCAACUGAGACCCUGCAAGCUGAAAACAUUCCUUGACCAGAGCGCUUCUGGAACUGGCCUGGCUUUUAUCGUGUUCACUGAAGCUGUACUGGAGAUGCCGGGCUCGCAGUUAUGGGCGGUAUUGUUUUUCCUCAUGCUCUUCAGCUUAGGCCUAUCCUCCAUGUUUGGUAACGCUGAGGGAGUCCUAAGGCCCUUCUCUGACCUCAACCUGGUACCGAAGUGGGUACCCCAAGAACUCAUUACAGGGGCAUUCUGCUUGAUGUCCUUUUUGAUUUCGCUCAUCUUCACCACGGGGUCGGGCAACUACUGGGUGGAGGUCUUCAACAGCUACGUGGGCUCAGUCCCCCUGCUCAUUAUUGCCUUUUUUGAGCUCAUCGGAGUGGUUUAUGUCUACGGAAUGAAAAAUUUCAGUGAAGACAUCUAUUUCAUGACCGGAAAGAGGCCAAAUCUUUAUUGGAGAUGUUGUUGGACUCUCAUCAGUCCUUUAAUGCUUAAGAUAGUGUUGAUUGCAUAUGUGGUCCUCCAAGCCCAGAAACACCCCACAUACCCUGCGUGGAAUCCUGCUUACGAACUCUUUCCCAAAACAGAGGUUAAGCCCUACCCAGACUUCGUGUUUGCCGUAAUCAUCCUCCUCUGUGCCAUGCCCGUGGUUUCGAUCCCGCUCGUGGCUCUCUACAAAGGAAUCCAAAAGGUCAGGGAGAGGUCUUCGUCACGGGAGGGACGAAACCCGUACGGCAAUGACGCUUUUGAGAUCGAAGCGCAGUGA